UACGAAAGUUUGUGAUAGUGCUGUCAAAGGCUCACGGAAGAAAGUAGUGGUGGACUUUCACGGUACUGUCUGUAAAGGCAACUCUUGUUAUAUAGCGCUGUCAUCUACAACGGAGAAGGUGCAAAAUGAUGGCAGCACUGAAGGACCGUUACAACGAAUUUCUCAAUGAGAAGAACGCGUUUACGGAUUAUUUAAACAAACUGGAGGAGAAAACUGGAAUUCAGAAGCAAUAUAUUGCAUCAGGUGCACUUGCCUUUACUGCACUCUACUUGGUCUAUGGCUAUGGAGCCUCCCUCCUCUGCAACUUGAUCGGUUUCGUUUAUCCGGCAUAUUUUUCUAUUAAAGCCAUUGAGAGCAGUAAUAAAGAUGAUGAUACCAAAUGGCUAACCUACUGGGUGGUGUAUGGACUCUUCAGCGUGGCAGAAUUCUUCUCCGACAUCUUUCUCUUCUGGUUCCCUUUUUACUAUGCUGGGAAGUGUGUCUUCUUAGUGUGGUGCAUGGCUCCAGUCUCCUGGAAUGGUUCUCAGAUGCUGUACACGCGUGUUGUGCGACCCUUUUUCCUCAAACACGAAGCAACGUUUGACAAUGUGGUCAACGACUUGAGCAACAAAGCCAAAAACGUCGCAGAGUCAGUUCCCACAGAAGCCUUUUCAUUGUUAGGCCAUGACAAGAAUAAGUGAAGGAUGCCACUGAGGAAGCCUUAAGUGAUCCUGACCAGGACGCCCCUGUUUACAGUUCUGCUCAUGACGUUGGUCUGCUGUUUCAUGACGAACGACCUUGAGUCGUCGUCAUUAUUAUGUAUCCCACCAGAACAGCACAACUGAAAACACAACUGAGCCAAACAAAGAGCAUAAUUCUCACCUGGAGCCACUUUCAUGAUUUUGACAGCAGAUAUUCAUGGGUAUCUCGUUCUUCCUUUGUUUUGCAUGGAUGUCAUUGUUCAUCAUUUUAAUGUAUUGUUCGCUAACCCUGUUAAUUGUACUAACAAAUUGAUUCAUGCUUUUGUUUGUUUGUUUGUUUGUUUUGUUCUGUUUUGUUUUGUGUUGUGAUCUCAAGUUCUUUCAUCUCACUUUCAUCUUUCAAUGAAUAAAACAAAAUAUUUUGUGAGGACA